AUGGCUGAUAUUAAUAAUACUACUACUACUACUAUACAUAAUAGUACUAUUGUUAAAAGUAAUAUUAUUUAUGUAUGUAUUCGUUUAAUAAUGCCAUGUGCUGUUGCAAUUGGUAUUAUUGGAAAUCUUUUAUCUAUAUUGGUAUUUGCACGUCGUGAAAUGAUCAAAUUUUGUGUAUCUAUAUUUACAAUUGUUCUUGCACUCAGUGAUAUUCUUUUGUUAACGACUUCAUUAUUUAACAUCAUAUUACCCGAUUUUUUUGGUGGAAGAAGUAUGUCAGAUAAAUCGGCAUUUUGGUGUCAUUUUCAUGGUUAUUUUGACCUAUUAUUUGCUGCACUAAGUGGUUAUUCAAUGGUAUUUAUAUCAGUUGAACGUUGGUUUUCAGUAUGGAAACCAUUUGAGAAAGCAAAAUAUGUCACAUUUAAAACAACAAUCAUUACUGUUGUUAGUUAUGUAUCAAUAUCUAUUGUUGCUUUUUCAUGGUUUCCAUUAACAUUACAUUAUAAUCCAAAUGCACCAAAAGGAACAAAUAUAUGCGACUUGACAAGACCUACAAUAUAUAAAGUAUUUGGAACAAUAUCGGUGAUUUUUACUUACAUUGUACCAUUUAUAUCUCUUGGUAUACUUAAUACUCUGAUUGUUUAUCGUUUACAAGCUCGUCAAAAUACAUCUAUUCAACGUUCAAUGACGACAACAAGUAGUACAAAUGUUGAUCCAACAUUAGGGUCAGCAUCAACACGUAAACGACAACGUCAAAGAAAUAUUGAUCGAAAUAUAACAUUUAUGUUAAUAGCUGUGGCUGUUGCAUUUAUGGUUAUGUCAUUUCCAUAUCAAAUUUAUUGGUUCUAUUUGCAAACACGAGAGGCAGAGUUAAAUCAAGCUUUAUAUACAUUAACACAAACAUUUAGAUACUUAAAUUGUUGUUGUAAUUUUUUUCUUUAUUCGGCAACAUCAUCAUUAUUUCGUCGAGAAUUACAAGAAAUAUUCAAAUGUACAAAUUCAUUAAUUAAUAAGAAAAAAGAAACGAACAAUUUACAAACAGGACUAAUUACUCGAACACGAACAGCAUCAUCGCCUCCACUUUAUGCAACUAAUUUGGAUAAUAAACAAGCCGAAAGAAAAAAACUUUUAACUACAACAACAACAACAUCAACAACAAUUACAACAGCAGCCGUAGAUAACGUUAAUCUUGCUUUAACACCUACUGAACCAAAUAAUGGACAUGUUGUCUCAUUUAAAACAUAG